CAGAGCAGCUUUCUCUGAUGCCCCUGGAGGGAGGGGCACCCUUCCCUUGCAGCUCCUCGCCUGCUCCACCCCAGCCCCCACAUGGGCUCCCUUGCUCUGUGGUUUGGUGUUGUCAGUUGCAAAAGAGGAAGCUGUCGCUCUCAGGCAUCGGUUUCCCAGACACGAGGAGGAGGCGGAGGCAGCAGAAGCAGCCAGCAGCCGGCCAGCGAGGACGCUCAGUCAGGGAGAUGGAGCUGUGGAAGCAAUGCGCCAGCUGGCUGAUCCAAUGCCGGGUGCUGCCCCCCAACCACCGGGUGACCUGGCCCAGUGCCCAGGUGUGCGAACUGGCUCAGGCCCUGCGUGACGGCGUCCUGCUCUGCCAGCUUCUCAACAACCUAAUGCCCCAUGCCGUCAACCUGCGGGAGAUCAACCUGCGGCCCCAGAUGUCCCAGUUCCUGUGUCUCAAGAACAUCCGCACCUUCCUCUCCACGUGCUGCGAUAAGUUCGGCCUGCGCAAGAACGAGCUCUUUGAAGUCUUCGAUCUCUUCGACGUGCGGGAUUUUGGGAAGGUGAUCGAGACCUUGUCGAUUCUCUCAUGGACUCAGAUAGCUCAGUCCAAGGGGAUCAUGCCCUUCCCCACCGAGGACAGCGUCGCGGACAACGACAUUUAUGGUGACCUUUCGGAUCAGAUUGAUGACACGGUGGAGGAAGAUGAUGACCUGUACGACUGCGUGGAGAAUGAGGAGGCGGAAGGAGAUGAAAUCUAUGAAGACCUGAUGAGGUCGGAGCCAGUUGUCAUGCCACAGAAGAUGACAGAGCUGGAUAAGCGGAACUGCUGCCUUCAAGAAAUCAGACAGACGGAGGAGAAAUACACAGACACACUAGAAUCCAUCUACCAGCACUUUAUGAAGCCCCUGCAGAGAUUUCUAAAGCCCGAGGACAUGGAGAACAUUUUCAUCAACAUUGAGGACCUCGUGAAGGUGCAUCGAUUCUUCUUGGAUGACCUGAAGAACGUCCUGUCCUUCAGCAAUGCCCAGAACCUCUACCAGGUCUUUAUCAAGUACAAGGAAAGGUUCCUGCUCUAUGGCAGAUACUGCAGUCAGGUGGAAGCCGCCAGCCGGUGUCUGGACCAAGUGGCUGGUGCCAGCAUGGACGUGAGGAUGAAGCUGGAGGAAUGCUCCCAGCGAGCCAACAAUGGGCGCUUCACCCUGCGUGACCUGCUAAUGGUGCCCAUGCAACGGGUGCUGAAAUACCAUCUGCUCCUGCAGGAGCUGGUGAAACAUACGGUGGAGCCGACAGAAAAGGAGAACUUGCGGCUGGCGCUGGAUGCCAUGCGGGACCUGGCACAGUGUGUGAACGAGAUCAAGAGAGACAAUGAGACCCUGAAACAGAUCACCAACUUUCAGCUCUCCAUAGAGAAACUGUCACAGUCCCUGGCUCAGUACGGGAGGCCGAAGAUUGACGGGGAGCUAAAGGUCAUCAGCUCUGAGAAACGCUCCAAGAUGGACAGGUACGCCUUCCUCCUGGACCAAGCCCUGCUUAUUUGCAAGCGGAAAGGGGACUCCUACGAGAUGAGGGAUUUCAUCGACCUCCACACUUACCAGAUUCGGGACGACUCCCUGGGAGAAAAGGACAAAAAGAAGUGGACUUACAUGUUCCACCUGAUCUGUAGUUACGGGACCCAGGCCUAUGAGCUCUUCUUCAAGACACGAGAGCUGAAGAAGAAGUGGAUGGAGCAGUUUGAAAUGUCCAUCUCCAAUAUCUACCCCGAAAACGCCACGUCCAAUGGCCACGACUUCCACAUGCACUCCUUCGAGGAGAAUGCGUCCUGCAAAUCCUGCCAGAUGCUGCUCAGGGGCACGUUCUAUCAGGGCUAUCGCUGCAGCCGAUGCAAAGCCCCGGCUCACAAGGAGUGUCUGGGCCGGGUAUCCCCCUGCGGGAAGUCGAGCUCAGAUUAUGGGUCUACGCUGAAAAAGAAUAAAUCCAACCGACACAUGCAGGAGAGAAAGAAGAAUGACCUUGGGCUGCCCAAAAUGGAGGUCUGCCAGGAGUAUUACGGUCUGCCCCCGCCACCCGUGGCAUUUGGCCCGUCGCUGCGACUCAGCAUGGGGGACAUUGUGGAGCUGACGAAAGCCGAGGUGGAGCAGCUCUGGUGGGAGGGCAGAAACACAUCCACGAACGAGAUCGGCUGGUUCCCAUGCCAAAAAGUCAAACCGUAUGUGUGUAAUCCUCCCCCAGAUUUUUCUGUUUAUCUUUGGUACGCGGGACCUAUGGAGAGAGCAGAGGCGGAACAAAUCCUCACGAACCGUUCAGACGGCACGUUCCUGGUGCGGCAGAGGGUCAAGGAUGCAGCUGAGUUUGCCAUCAGCAUCAAGUUUAACGUAGAAAUCAAACACAUCAAGAUCCUGACGUCGGAGGGCCUGUACCGCAUCACAGAGAAGAAGGCGUUCAAAGGACUCAUAGAGCUAGUGGAGUUUUACCAGCAGAACUCCCUGAAAGACUGCUUCAAAACCCUCGACACCACGCUGCAGUUCCCAUUCAAGGAGCCUGAGCAGAGGGCCAUUUCCAGACCUCCCGCAGGAGGACUGAAGUACUUUGGGUCGGCGAAGGCUCGCUACGAUUUCUGCGCACGGGACCGGACGGAGCUAACGCUCAAGGAGGGUGACAUCAUAAAGAUCCUGAGCAAGAAAGGGCAGCAGGGCUGGUGGAAAGGGGAGAUCUACGGCCGGGUUGGCUGGUUCCCAGCAAAUUACGUGGAGGAAGAUUAUUCGGAAUAUUGCUGAGGUCUGGAGCCCUGUGUAAUUUUCCACCCCCCGAGAUCAUGACCCACAGGAUUCCCGACCCUGCGCGGCACUCACACCGUGAGCUCAUGCGGAGCCAGGCCCGGAAGGGGUCUCUGUAGCAGGAUGUAAUGUUGUGCUGGCGGAAGUGCGGCGGGGAGUAGCGUCCCGGGACUAUUAAUUUAUGAACUUUCGGAUCCCUCUUCUCUUUCCCUUCUCUCACGCAUGUAAAGGAAGUUUUGUGUUGAAUAAACUGAAUGGGUGGAUGGGCUGGAGCUGUACCGGCCGUCACCUUGUGCCCAAGA